AUGAGAUAUUUUACAAUAAACACAAACAUAAAUUUGCCGCCAUGAAAUUACUCUUUUUGUUAAUUUGUGUUUCCAAGGUUUGGACUUUACCAAAUCUAAAAUCGACUGAUCUGAAAAGAUCAGCUGAUGUACGAAUAAUCGGUGGAUCAGUGGCUAGAAGAGGCCAAUUUCCUUUUGCUGCUGCUAUCUAUACUUUUACUCAAGAUGGAAAUUACUUUUGUGGUGGAACUCUCUUAAAUGAGCAAUGGGUCUUAACAGCAGGGCAAUGCGUUGAUGGAGUGCACACUUUUAAUAUACAUCUAGGAGCAACAUUCUUGAAAGAAGAUGAUCCUUACGCUGUUCAAGUUUCUGCAGACACCUAUGUUUUGCAUCCAGAAUAUGAUCCACAGACCUUAGCUAACGAUGUUGGCCUUAUUUGGCUCCGUUUACCUGUUGAAUUUUCAGAUUAUUUAAAACCUGUUGACUUUUUGCCUUUUGAUGAACUUGGUAUAUCAAGUUCGGCGAUGACUCUGGGAUGGGGCCAAAUUUCAGACGAAGAAGAAGGAACAGUCAAUGACCUCCAAUGGGUGUAUGUCACAUCUAUGUCUAAUGCAGAGUGUAAAAUAACAUACGGGAAUCAAAUUUUAGACAAUAUGGUGUGUGUUGAUGGAAAUUAUAAUGAAGGAACUUGUAAAGGUGAUAGUGGAGGUCCACUUGUACAGUUAAUUAGUCGUGGACAUUAUGUGGUUGCUGGUGUGUCAAGUUUUGUUAGUUGGAAUGGAUGCGAAAGCACAGAUCCAUCAGGUUUCACAAGAAUAUAUCCAUAUAAUGACUGGAUAAAAAAUAUUACGGGUAAAGCAAAACAAAUCAAGAGUAUCAGCAACAAUAAUUGGCAUGAGUCAGUGAAAAUCAUUGGGGGAACCACAGCUUUCGCUGGUCAGUUUCCCUUUGCUGUGGCCAUUGAAACCACGACUAAAGAUGGCAAAUAUUUUUGCGGUGGUACUUUGAUUAGCGACCAAUGGAUAAUCACUGCAGCUCAGUGUGCUGAUGGGGCACUGCUUUUCUCUAUUCAAAUAGGGGCAACCAGUUUAAGCAUCCCUGAUGAAAAUCGAUUAGUUUUGUCAACAUCUGAAUAUGUUCUACACCCUGAAUAUGACCCUGCAACAUUUAAAAACGACCUUGCUCUGAUUGAACUGCGAAUUCCGAUUGAAUUUUCAAAUUAUAUUCUUCCUGUUCAUAGUCUUCCAGAUACUGAAUUGGAAGCAGGUGUAAGAGUUGUUGCUGUAGGUUGGGGACAGACUAGCGAUGAGGAUGGUGGACUUUCUGAUAAACUGCAAUUUGUGACGGUUACAAGUUUGACAAAUGAAGAAUGUCGACUUGUUUACGGUAAUCAAAUAACUGAUAAGAUGGUUUGUGUUGAAGGAAAUUAUAACCAAGGAUCUUGUAACGGAGACACUGGUGGUCCCCUUGUUCGGGUUAUUUCUCUAGGUAAUGCUUUGCUGAUAGGAGUUGCAAGUUUUGUGAGUGGAAAUGGAUGCGAAAGCACUGAUCCUUCCGGCUACACCAGAGUUGCUCCUUAUGUUGAUUGGAUAACUAAUGUAACUAGUUACAAUACUACGAGAUUUUAAAAACAUUUUAGACAAAAUAAGUUUUUUUUGUAAAAAUUGUUAAGAAUGACCUAAUAAUAAAAGAGUUGUAAAUAAAAAGUUCUGCCGGCUA